AUGACUGAAGUCGAUGGUAUAAUGCCAGAGGCAACUACACAACCCAUUUCCUCCACUCAUGCUAUAACUGAGGAACAUUCAGUGCCCAGUAGUAGCGAUUACACGGAUGGCAAUGUUUCGACAGUGGUCAGCAAUGAUCAACAACAACAAUUGAAAGAACAGAAUGGUUUGAACAAAAUCAAUAGCAGCCGAGUACCAACGGACGUCGACACGCAUAACGAGCAAAUGGACGUAGACGGCGCUGAUACCGAAGAAGAUGAUUCUCAAAUGACGGCAUCAUCCACCACAGAAAACGGCAGAGGUGUAGAUGUGGGCGGUGGUGAAGAUAGUAAAAUGUCAACGGGUGAAGAUGAUGGGAAUGCGGCGUACGUGGAAGAGGAAAAGCGACUAAGUAAUGAUAGUAAAGUAGACGGCUUAAGCGUUCCCAUUGUGGCCAGUUUAAAGGAUAAACCGCUAAACUUUUGCAAUGAUGAAUUACACAAUUCUAAUACAUGCACAGACAAAUCCGGUGGUGGCGAAAGCGACGAAGACACACAGCGAUCGCGUAGUACUGUUGGCGAAGCGACUGAUCCAAAAGACAAUAGUAAUGAACCAAGCGAAAGUCUAGAAAGACCAGCCACCGUUAGCAGUAAUACCGAUAGCGUUAGUGAAAUAGAGGGCGCCGAUAUACACAGUCAUGAGGGCAAGGCGAUUAAAGACAAAGAGCACAAAUUAAAUGCUGCAAACAAGGUAGAAACGGAUGACAGCAGAAGCGUCGGUGUCGCUGAUCCUAUGGAUGCCGGAGCCGAUCCACUUUCGAUAAGCAACGAUAUAAAGACGCAAGAUCAAAAGAAAGAAAACGGUGUCCCAAAGAACGAUGCUAGUGGCUUUGUGGACCUGGGCGAUGACUCAGACGACGAAGUGAUGGCAGUGUCAAAAGCAAAUGAAGCUGAUACUACAAUGAACAACUCUGAAAAUAGUUCAGCAGUGACGUCGUCGAACACUGCUGCGGUACGUAAGACUCGUUCAAUAUGCAGUGACUCAGAUGGCGCUGUAGUUAUUGCCUCAGAUUCGGAUACAGAAGCCAAUAGCAACUUGCCUGCCAAGCAAAAAGCAUCGAAUGAGACACAAAUCAUUGACGAUGACGAAGAUGAUGAUUGCGUAGUUAUUGAAGAUGAUACACCUGCGCCACGUCUACAAGCGGCAAGUGAUUUGAGUAAGCGUAAGAGCAUGGCUAUGGACUCGCCACAACACUCGGAUGACUCGCAACCGCCAAGUAAACGUCAACGUAGUGUAGGCCCCGGAUCUGGUAAUCAAAUUUCCAUCAAAGAUGCGCGUUCACUUAUGGCGCAUGAUACUGCAUCAGCAACUGCUGCUGCGGUCGCAGCUGCCAGAAAAGUAGCCGAGAGCAACGUAUAUCCCGUUAAUAUUACGCCGGCAUCAAAUAUAGCUUCACCGGGAGGACCACCAAAACUUAUACCUGUCGGAAAUCCAAGUAUGCCCAUAAAUAAUGCCGGUGGCAUAAAUCCCGCUUCAUUCCCUGGACUUGGUAAUGCGAAUGCAGCAAAUUUACUACCCGGCCUUACGGACGACAUGUUUGUACUAGAGGCACCUUCGUUUAUCGUACCCUAUAUUUAUGAGAAGCCACCGGUGGACAACCUCAAGAAUAUAGUUAAAGAUAUCGAAGAUAAAUAUAAACUGACGAAAGAUGAUCUCGCUGACGCAGAUAAAUCUGAUGAGUUCGAUAUGAUGACCGAGCAGAAUAAGGAGGACAAAGAAGACAAAAACAAUAAAAAGAAGAAGCGGCGACGUGGCGCCGACGAUCCUGAUGAGUCCUGGUCAGAAGAAUCGGAGGAAGAUGAUGACGAUGACGACGACGAUGAUUCGGAAUCCGGUAUGCGCACUAAAGUCUUAAUCAAAGAAGUUUCCGAUGAUUUGCCAGCGCUAAAAGGCGCCAUUAAACCAGCAGCGGCACUUGUGCAAUCUCCAAGCACCUCAGCACAAAAUUCCGCCAUUGCCUCGAAACCGGGUCAAGAGAACUAUUUCGAAAGUCCACUGGGCAAAUUUUUCAUGGACAUUGGUGUUGGUCUAGUACAAGAAUUUGUACAGUCAGAUUUAAUACGUUUGCAAAAACGUAAAAUGCGCAAGAGUCUGGGUAAGAAUAUUACUGAGUUUGAGCGUGCUAUAACAGCACUCUCUGGCAACUUGGAAGCUUCACGCAAGAAGAAUUCACCCUUCAAAUUUACCAUGAAACGCUGUGAGUUCUGUAAUUUCAAGUCGGAAUCUGCCCUCUCCAUGGCCAAUCAUUAUGAAACACCACAUAUGAACGGCGCGUUAUAUAAGUGUAAUUUCUGCGCUUUUGAGAUCCGUAACGCAACAGAAAUUGUUUAUCACAUGGAAGCGAUACACAACAUCAAAGCGCGUCUCAUUAAACCGCUACCGUAUCAUCAGUGUCCGAAUUGUGGAUUCGAAGAUAAUGGCAAGGCCAAAUUGGCACGUCAUCAACCGGUUUGCGCGAAGAAAUUCCGCCCUGAAAUUAAUUUAGCACCUCCUGCUGAUUGGGAAGCACCAGCGAAAAUACCGCGUAUCAAACCGCGUCAUGGACUCGUGGGCACUGCGACGGCGUAUCAGGCAAUGGCUGCGCAAGCUGCGGCACAAAAGGCAGCUCUUGCGUCCAUACAACAGCAGCAACAGGCAGCAGCUCAAGCGCGUACCAUGCAAGCGGCUGCACUUGCUGCACAAAACGCUGCAAAUAAGAUACGCGGUCGCCCUCCAGUUAUCAACACACAAAAGACCGGUCCCUUGCCAAGUGGACCAAUGCUACGUGGACCCGCACCUAUACGCUCCCAAAUGGCCACGAAUGUGGUACAGCCCAAUAACUACCAAGUACCAGGCGGACAACUCUUGCAGGCAGCAAAUGCUUUUGCUAAAAAAACGCUUACCGGUCAACCAAGUAUUUCUAUAACUCCACUACCUCGCCAAAAUACUGCGCAGCCAGUUGUGACAUCGCCGUCAACAAGCAAAAUGCCACCGACCGGUAUGAAGCCUGGCCAAAACCUAAUGGUAGGUGGUGGUGGCAAUAGCAAAACACAAUUUGUCAUCUGUGAAAUUUGUGAUGGUUACAUUAAGGAUCUGGAACAACUACGCAACCACAUGCAAUGGAUGCAUAAAGUGAAGAUACACCCAAAAAUGAUUUACAACCGGCCGCCACUGAAUUGCCAAAAGUGUCAAUUCCGUUUCUUUACCGAUCAAGGUCUGGAACGACAUUUACUGGGCUCUCAUGGUUUGGUCACAAGCUCGAUGCAAGAAGCCGCUAAUAAGGGAAAAGAUGCCGGCCGGUGUCCCGUGUGUGGCAGGAUGUAUCAAUGGAAGUUGUUGAAUCACGUGUCGCGCGACCAUCACAUGACAUUGAAACCUGCACAUUUGUCCUACAAAUGCACAGUGUGUACAGCAACCUUUGGCAUGUACAAACAAUUUGAGACACACGUAUAUACCGCGCACAGUACAGUCGCAAAAAAGGCUAUGGAUGGCAAAAAGAAUAAUACAUCGGCUGCGGCGUCGAGUGCAGGUGGUAUGGCCGGCGGUAGCGGUAUGGGUGCACUUAAUCAUCAACAGCGUAGUAGUUUGAUGGCAACGAAUGACUCAUUAUUAAAGCCUCUCAAAAUCAAUGAUGAAAUCACAAUUAUACCGCAACCAUCGUCAAAGCCACGUAUAACAAACAUGGAAAGUCACAUCAUAGAUUAAACAUAUUGCAGCAUAAAACAGUAGGAAAUAUUAUAAAAUAAAAGUACUGCAAUAAGGAUAGUGAAGAAAAAUCGAGUAUUGGAAAAAGCGUACAUUACAUUUACAAAAUCAGGUCGCAUUUCGUAAUUAGCUUGAUUCGACGCUGCCACGACGAUCCAAUCACACCUGUUCAAGUACAUACAUAGUACCAUACAUACAUAUAAGCUGUAAUAUACAAACAAAUAGCAGCAGCCAAGCUACGCUGAAACCCAUGGCAAACAAAGAGGAAACAACUAAAAGAAUAACACAACAAUAAUAACAAACAAACUUAGCUUUGAUAAACGGACAGAAAGUGCGCAGUCAUCAAUGUUCAAUCUAAAUCACUACACUAUUUUAGCUGGCUAGUUGAAUGCUGUUGAUGGAUGUCACCCAAAAUAAUUUUAAAUUUAACUUUUAAACAAUUUGUGCGACAGCGAAAGCACACUCGAUGCAAGCGGUGUGAUUGCCUCAUUAAAGGGUGAUAGAGCAGGCACACAUUGUGUGUGUUUUUGUGGGUACAGUAAUUUUAUUUAUUAAUUCUGUUAGUAUGUAAUGAAACAUUAAAGAUGUGGAAAACCAGGAGUAAGCACAUUAAUGGCGUGUAAAUUAGUAAAAAAAAUAAUAAAGGUAAAUAAUUACAGAAGUAUAA